CGGCGGCAGCCGAGCGGUGGCGGGGCUGUCACCUUAGCGAGCCCGGCUCCUGGCGCUUUCCCGGGCCGUUCCUUCCGUUUCCCCGGGCUCCCGGCGUUGACAUCUGCAGAGCGGAUUGCUGUAUGUGCGCGCGCGCGGGAACGGAAGAAUGGCAGUGCUCAAACUCUGCGACCAGCCACCACUGGUCCAAGCAAUCUUCAGUGGCGAUCCAGAGGAGAUCCGCAUGCUCAUCCACAAGACUGAAGAUGUGAAUGCACUGGAUUCUGAGAAACGAACCCCGCUUCAUGUUGCUGCGUUCCUGGGAGAUGCGGAGAUCAUUGAACUCCUGAUUUUGUCAGGAGCUCGUGUAAAUGCCAAGGACAACAUGUGGCUGACCCCACUGCACCGGGCUGUUGCUUCCAGAAGUGAAGAGGCAGUGCAAGUAUUGAUUAAACACUCGGCUGAUGUCAAUGCAAGGGACAAGAAUUGGCAGACCCCCCUCCAUGUGGCAGCAGCCAAUAAGGCUGUCAAGUGUGCAGAAGUGAUCAUUCCCCUACUGAGCAGUGUCAAUGUCUCUGACCGCGGGGGGCGCACAGCCUUGCACCACGCGGCUCUGAAUGGACACAUGGAGAUGGUCAAUUUACUCUUGGCCAAAGGGGCAAACAUCAAUGCAUUUGACAAGAAGGACCGACGUGCUCUCCACUGGGCAGCAUACAUGGGCCACCUGGACAUUGUGGUGAUGCUCAUUAACCACGGUGCAGAAGUCACCUGCAAGGAUAAGAAGGGCUACACCCCGCUGCACGCUGCAGCCUCCAACGGUCAGAUCAGCGUUGUCAAACAUCUCCUGAACCUGGGGGUGGAGAUUGAUGAAAUCAAUGUCUAUGGAAACACAGCGCUUCACAUUGCCUGCUACAAUGGCCAGGAUGCUGUCGUUAAUGAGCUGACCGACUACGGUGCUAACGUGAACCAGCCCAACAACAGUGGCUUCACCCCUCUGCACUUCGCAGCGGCGUCCACUCAUGGUGCUCUGUGUCUGGAACUGUUAGUGAACAAUGGGGCCGAUGUGAACAUUCAGAGUAAGGAUGGCAAAAGUCCUCUGCACAUGACAGCUGUCCAUGGACGGUUCACACGGUCACAAACCCUCAUCCAGAAUGGAGGUGAAAUCGACUGUGUCGAUAAGGAUGGCAACACGCCUCUCCAUGUGGCUGCAAGAUAUGGUCACGAGCUUCUGAUUAACACCCUAAUAACUAGCGGAGCCGACACAGCCAAGUGUGGAAUCCAUAGCAUGUUCCCCCUACAUUUAGCUGCUCUAAAUGCUCACUCUGACUGCUGCAGGAAGUUGUUAUCAUCUGGCUUUGAAAUAGACACCCCAGAUACGUUUGGAAGAACAUGCCUCCACGCCGCUGCUGCAGGAGGCAAUGUCGAAUGUAUAAAGCUCUUGCAGAGCAGCGGAGCAGAUUUUCACAAAAAGGACAAAUGUGGGAGGACCCCUUUGCACUAUGCCGCUGCAAAUUGUCAUUUCCACUGUAUUAAAGCAUUAGUGACCACUGGAGCCAACGUUAAUGAAACAGAUGACUGGGGACGGACAGCUCUGCACUAUGCUGCUGCAUCAGACAUGGAUAGAAAUAAGAUGAUCUUAGGAAAUGCCCAUGACAAUUCUGAAGAACUUGAAAGAGCCAGAGAAGUGAAGGAAAAAGAUGCUGCACUAUGUCUAGAAUUUCUGCUUCAAAAUGAUGCAAACCCAUCCAUCCGGGACAAAGAAGGCUACAAUAGCAUCCACUAUGCUGCUGCCUAUGGCCACAGGCAGUGUCUAGAACUGCUUUUGGAAAGAACCAACACUGAUUUUGAAGAAUCAGAUGGUGGUGCUCUCAAGAGUCCACUCCACUUAGCGGCCUACAAUGGGCACCAUCAAGCCUUGGAAGUCCUUCUCCAGACCCUAGUGGACCUGGACAUAAGGGAUGAGAAAGGCCGGACAGCUCUGUACCUAGCUGCUUUCAAGGGACACACAGAAUGUGUGGAAGCACUUGUUAACCAGGGUGCAUCUAUCUUUGUAAAAGACAAUGUCACCAAAAGAACUCCACUUCAUGCCUCAGUUAUUAAUGGUCACACACUGUGUUUGAGGCUACUACUUGAAACAGCAGACAACCCAGAAGUGGUUGAUUUGAAAGAUGCCAAGGGACAAACCCCACUGAUGCUGGCAGUAGCAUAUGGACACAUUGACGCUGUUUCAUUGUUACUUGAAAAGGAUGCAAACGUAGAUGCUGUUGACACAGUGGGCUGCACAGCUUUACAUAGAGGGAUUAUGACAGGACAUGAGGAAUGUGUGCAAAUGCUGCUGGAACAAGAAGCUUCAAUCCUCUGUAAAGAUUCCAGAGGGAGGACACCCCUGCACUAUGCAGCUGCUCGGGGCCAUGCCACAUGGCUGAAUGAAUUGCUCCAGAUUGCACUUUCUGAAGAGGACUGUUGUCUCAAAGACAACCAGGGAUACACGCCGCUGCACUGGGCUUGUUACAAUGGUAAUGAAAACUGUAUAGAGGUACUUUUGGAGCAAAAGUGUUUUCGAAAAUUUAUUGGUAAUCCCUUCACUCCACUGCACUGUGCAAUAAUAAAUGGUCAUGAGAGCUGUGCAUCAUUGCUCCUGGGGGCCAUAGAUUCCAGCAUUGUCAGCUGUAGGGAUGACAAAGGCAGGACAACUCUCCAUGCGGCAGCCUUCGGUGAUCAUGCGGAGUGCUUGCAGCUGCUUCUGAGACAUGAUGCUCAAGUGAAUGCCAUAGACAAUUCAGGGAAAACAGCGCUGAUGAUGGCUGCUGAGAACGGGCAGGCAGGCGCUGUGGAUAUUUUGGUGAACAGUGCCCAGGCUGACCUGACUGUGAAGGACAAGGACUUGAAUACUCCCUUACACCUGGCUAUCAGUAAAGGCCAUGAGAAAUGUGCCUUGUUAAUACUUGACAAGAUACAAGACGAGAGCCUUAUCAACGCAAAGAACAGUGCACUGCAGACACCCCUCCAUAUUGCUGCACGCAAUGGCUUGAAGGUGGUAGUUGAAGAAUUGCUGGCCAAAGGAGCCUGCGUACUUGCUGUAGAUGAAAACGGUCAUACCCCGGCCCUGGCUUGUGCUCCUAACAAAGACGUGGCUGACUGCCUGGCCCUCAUUCUGGCUACCAUGAUGACUUUUUCUCCUUCCAGUACAAUGACGGCUGUCAACUUCGUUUGUUUUAGAAAAGACAAUUUGAGCAGAACGACCCUCUCCAAUCUGGGUAGUAGGGUUAGUCUGUGCAGUAACAAUCUUGGCUCUGAGGAUGGGUACAAUGAAAAUGAUUCUGAUUCGGAAACAUUCUGACUUUGGACAGUAGAGGUGUUUCCCCCAAUACCUGUGUUUUAGGAAGGGAUGGAAGCUUGAAUUCCAGGUUACACUGUGUUCAGGCAUUUGAGGCCAAGCUUCCAGAAGCCAGCAGAAAAGGAGUCAGUCUAACCAAAAGAGGACAACUAGGCCAUAGGCUGAAACACACACAAAUGGGCUUGGGCUUUGUUUUGCUUCAUGUUUUCUUCAGGCCUAUGGUACUUCUAUGAAAGUCUACCUCUCAUUUUAUGUAAGGACAAAAAAUUAAGUAUUCUUCAUCUUUGGGGAUAAUGCAACAGAGAGACAAAUAUUCAGUCUAAAGAUUUUUUUUUCACCAGUUAGUUCUGUGAGGUCAGUCAAGGUGACAUUCAUUUCCCCUAGGAGGGGCGGGAAGAGGAGAUGGGAAAUGCCUGGGCCCUCUUCUCACUCUGAUGUUUACUUCCUCACUAGAAGUCAAAGGACAAGGUUCAUCUUUAGAUAUAAUGCCUAUAAUUGUCCUCUUAAGGAAAUCUGCCUGACGCCACCUCGUUGUAGGAAGCAUAUAAAUGCCUAGAACCUCUUCCUAGGAUCUCAGUUAAAGUUGCCAGGUGAAUGUGAACAUCGUUCAUGCUUUUUUGUUAAACAUAAAUGAAAUAGCACCCAGGGCUCCACAUAAGAAACAUGUGAGUCAUUUUUCAAUGGAGUAAUGGAUCCCAAAUUUAUCCAAUAACAUUUCAGGUGAAAUUAUAUUGUGCCAAAACUUGAAACAAUAUGCAAGUCAAAUAGGAAAUUACCAUUCAUUUGAAUUUGCUCUAAAAUGAAAGUACUAACUUUAUAAGGGCAUCAGAAUGGCUGGUACUGUCCUUCAAUAGUAGGAUAGCAAAGUAGCUGCUCAGCCAAGGUCAUGCCAUAAGCGUGACAGUGUACCUGGAAAGGAACCAAGGAAAUGACAGCAGGAAGCAGAAAUGGUUGGUGUGGAGGUGCAAGCCAACUGCCAGUUGUUUGGUAAUGAAAUCAGCAUUGUGAAUACUCUGUCUGCUCCCUCUGCCAAAGCUUCUAGGUCGAAUGGACCCCGUUCUCCACCUGGAACGGCUGUACGAAAAGAAGAAUGAGACUUUAAGAAUUAUGCACAUACACAUGCACACAUGUGUGUAUAUUUAUGUAUGUACUUCAUCAACCAGCUAUCCAUGAGGACCAAAAUGCUUCUGCCUAAACUGGGAUAUUUUAAACAUUUUUCUUUCUACAUGCAAGUGAGAACUGUAGUAACUUUUCUAUGGGGUUAAAAUGUAAUCUUUUUGCAUACAAGUCUUUAUUGUAUUUUAUAUUUCUAAUGACGCAGAUUUCUAGUUGAUGGCUUGACAAUUUGUAACUGAUGAUAUGUUGACCACAGGUUUUUGUUUUCAAACUAGAGAAUAUGUCUAUAUACUUUGAUGUAAAUGUGUUUAUAUUUAUUUGAAGUGAAAGAAAUGCCAAGAAAUACCCACUGUUUAGGCUUGCUCUCUCUUUGUCUUCGUCUCCAUCUCCACCUCCCUCUCCCUCCCUUCUUCUCCCUCUGUCUCUCUCUCCUCUCUCUCUCUGUGUCUCUCCUCUCACUCUC